UUGAUUUGAAUUCGAAUUUACAAAUAAACGCUAGAAAUUGUUGUUGCAAAGAUCAAAUAUUAGCGCUAGUUGUACUCAAAUCGAUCGCAGCCAGAUGAAAAUUUCUCAACCACCAGACAUGAUCGGUCACACAUAUAAAAGUUGGCAAUUAAUUGGUCAGAAUCAUAGUGCAGCUCUAGAGUUUCGCGAGUACAAACAAAAUUCGUUGGUACAGUUGUUAGAAAGAAGCACUGCGUAUUCGAAGUCACUCAGAAAAAUCCUUUACAAACACAUCCAAAAUGUUCAGCUUAUUCAGUCUAUUUAUUAUCGGUUUGGGCGCCGCUACCGCAAUUGAAUUGGGUCAUGCGCCUUUGUUGCUCAAGCCGGCUCUGGUCAAGACCGUCGAAGUUGAGGCGCCCGCCCAUUACGAGUUCUCCUAUUCGGUGCGUGACGAUCACACUGGCGAUAUUAAGAGUCAAACGGAAUCGCGCAAAGGCGACAUUGUACAGGGCCAAUAUUCAUUGAUCGAUGCUGAUGGUUACUUGCGCACCGUUGACUAUUCAUCAGAUGCACACAAUGGUUUUAAUGCGGUGGUACGUCGCGAUCCGCUCGGUCAGAAGGUCGUCAAGGCUAUUGCACCAAUCGCCAAAGUACUCGCUCCUGUAGCCUUAGCACCAAAGUUGCCAUUACUCGCUGGAUAUCACUAAAAUAAGCUGGAUCAAUGAGGAUCAUUAACCAGGCGCUACACAAAAGAAACAAAGCGGCAGUGGGCUGGUGGAUGUAAUCAAAGACCAGCGCAUUGUCACAUAACCAAAUCAUCGAUAAAUCAUUAAGCCAUGCAUAUUUUUUUUAAUCAGUCGAUUUUACGUGUAGUCAAACAUACAUUUAUAUUUAGAGUUUUUGUUUUUAAGAUGAAAAUAUUUUAAUUUUCACUCAACAGCCACAAAUCAUACAAUCACAACCGUAUUUGAUCACACGAAAAUGGAAAAUCCACAAAUGACUAUAACUGACAUUACAAAUACUGCAUGCCACCAAACAUGAGACUAUUAUGGCCACCACCUCGUACCUAACUCAACACAUUCUAUACCAGUAAUAUUUCAUACACAUGCACACCGCACAGACUUAAAUAUUUUUUUUCCCCCUGUUUCCGGGAAUUUCUGCGAUACUAAAGUACAGUUUACUGGAUCAUCUCGUUUUGAUUUUUUGCCAUUCUGACACUCAUCUAACAUAACAUUGUUAUUCGUACAUCUCCUUUAACGGUGAAACUUUUAUGCUUGUAACUUUUAUUUUAUGUAAAUGUUUAUGUUAACAUUAACAAUCGUAAUUUGUUGUAUAGAAAGCACUUAAAGCAUUUUGUAAUAAAUCAGAAAUGCAGUUAUAAA